AUAUAGCAGCUCAUGAGAUGGCGAGAUCACUAGGUCCGGAUCGAUGCAUAGCCUAAAGUAAGACAUGAUAAACACAUUUUCAAGGGCGAGCACAUCAAACUAACAAACCAUUCCUCAGAAGUAGUUCUGUUUUCGAUAUUUUGUGCCAAUGGAUUCAGGUUUUGCAGCAUUGCUUGAGUUCAGCUAUCCGAAACACACCGAUUGAUAAACCAUCACAUAGGCUCUCGUUCAUUCACAGCUUCAGAGUCGCAGAGGUGUCCAGCUCCAUCAGGUACAUUGUUCACUGUUAAACUCAUCCAACAUCAGAUGGCAGCAAAACCCGAGACAGACUGGAACAGUGGUCUCUGUGACUGCUUUGAGGACGUGAGCACUUGUUGCUAUGGUUUCUGGUGCUGCCCUUGUCUUUCCUGCACAGUUUCAGGACGUUUUGGAGAGAACCGUUGUCUCCCAUUAUGUGACAUGCUCAGCCCCGCUAUCACAGCCGCCUGCGGGAUACCCCUCGUUGUGCCUCCUGCAGUCCUGUCUUUGAGGGUUGCCAUUCGUCACAGAUAUCAUAUCAAGGGUUCUCUCUGUAAUGACAUUGCAGUGUCCUGUUUCUGUCUGUGGUGCUCCUGGUGUCAGAUGCAUCGUGAGUUAAAACAUCAAAAAAAAGAACCCAAUGUCAUCAUCGUGCAAAAUCAACCUGUUGUACAAAUGCAGCCUGCAGUGAUGAUGGUUCCCCAAGCUGUAUAUGUGACCCAACCAGGAGUCACCGUGAUUUCACGCUGAGCUGUGGAUUCUCAUUGGGUCUUCUGAAGGAAAUUCAAUUCAUGCUGCUGUUUUUGCAUGUUUAUCAUUGAAAAAACAAAGUGCAAUCACUUGAAAUUAACUAAAUGUAAUCACUUUAAAUCCAUCUCUUAUGCUGAUUGAGUUUCUGUUUCUAAUUUAUAAUGACAGUUAUUGUUUCAAUUUUCUUGGGAAGAUCAUAUCUUUAAAAUCUUUAUUUCACCAUGAUUAAUCGUAGGAAGUGAGUGUGGUCUGUAAUUAAAAGAAUAAAUAAAGUUGUCUAUAAUGAUAACCA